UUGGACAUCUGUCGUCAUCGGUUAUCUCAUGAUUAUUCCUGAGGACGCGUUCGUAAAAUUGAUCAUGAAAAUCUAAAGUGACGUUUGGCAUGUUGUUAUUCUAUUCAUGAAAUAUCCGUUCGAGUCUCUCAUCUGUAAAGUUCUGUUUUCAAUAAUUUUCAACGGAAAGCGGUGGAGCCGUGGUGGAGUGGAGACGACGUAUUUUUGUUCCGUGAUUAGUGAUAACUGGGACAAUUAAGCCAUUAGUCGUGUUGACACUUCCAUUGGUAAUCUUGAUUGACAACUUCCAGAUUGUGGAUUAAUUCUUGAAGAAAAUUACAAAUGCAGUUGAACCCUGCCACAAGGCUUUCGCGUUCUCUGUGGUAACGCACCUCCGUAUUUCAGCGUAACAAGAUUUGUGCUUGCAGUUGAUUUAACUCGGUUGUGAAUGAUUAUACGAUCUUUUCAAAGAUAAUUAAUAAUAAUGGGUGUUGGUCUGGAACCGCUCGAAUUUACCGACUGUUUGACGGACAGUCCCUAUUUUCGUGAUAAUCUUCAUUCCCAUGAACGCGAAUUAGACAAAACCAGUCAGCAGAUUAAACGCUUGAUAAAGGAGGUCAAGGAUUUGCUUAUAGCUGCCAAAAAUUUAUCACGAGCUCAAAGAACAUUCUCAAAAACACUUCAGAACUUCAGUUUUGAAUGUAUUGGCGAAACACAAACCGAGGACGAAACACACAUAUCACAAAGUUUGAAAGAAUUUGGUAGACUUAUCGCUUCGAUCGAGGACGAGCGUGAUCGCAUGCUGGAGCGUGCGUAUGAUCAAAUAAUAUUGCCACUGGAAAACUUUAGAAAGGAUCACAUUGGUGGUGUUAAGGAAGGGAAAAAGAAGUUUGAAAAGCAAACCAUUAAAUUUUGCCAGAGCCAAGAGCGCUACUUAAAUUUGUCCACAAAAAAACAAGAUAAUGUACUACAGGAGGCAGACGCUACACUGGAUAUGGCUGAGAGACAUUUUUGUCAAGCCAGUUUGGAAUAUGUAUUUCUGCUCCAAGAGGUUCAAGAACGCAAGAAAUUUGAAUUUGUAGAAACACUGCUAGGAUUCAUGUUUGGAUGGCUAACUUUCUAUCAUCAAGGGCACGAAGUAGCAAAGGACUUUAAACCUUACAUGACAGAGUUGCAGCUGAAAAUACAAAAGACAAGGGAGAAUUUCCUCGCCACCAGGGAUAAAACUGAGUCACUCAUGAAUAAAAUGAAGGAGAUGAAAAAGUCUUCUGCCGAAGCAGCCCUCUGCAAAUUAAACUCACGUGAAGGCUAUUUAUUUUUGAUGGAAAAAAAGGCCUUUGGUACAACAUGGACAAAACAAUACUGUACAUAUCAGAAAGACAAAAAAGAAUUUACUAUGAUACCUUACAACCAACUUACUGGAAAAUUUAGCAGUAGAGAAAAAUUCACCCUUGCAUCUUGUGUACGGCGUAUGUCCGAUUCUAUCGAAAAACGAUUUUGCUUCGACAUCACUGCCGUCGAUAAGCCAGGAGUAAUAUAUACAUUCCAAGCUCUUUCUGAAUCUGAUAGAAAGCUGUGGAUGGAUGCGAUGGAUGGUAAAGAGCCUACGUACGCCCUUCAAGGCCCAUCUGUAAUGGUGGAGGAAACGGGUCUUGACGAGACUGGCUUUGCAUUUGUAUCAAAAUGCAUAGCAGCCUUAGAGGACAGAGGGCUGAACGAACAGGGGCUCUACAGAGUUGUAGGAGUAUCUUCGAAAGUAAAUAAACUUCUGGCAAUGGGCCUUGAUAGAAGGAAAUUGGAAAAAUUCAAUUUAGAUGAUCGUUUUGAAUGGGAAAGCAAAACAAUUACAAGCGCCUUGAAAACUUACUUACGAACAUUGUCCGAACCACUGAUGACAUUCCGAUAUUACCACAGCUUCAUAGCAGCUGCGAAACAAGAAAAUAAGGAAACAAGGAUUAACGAUGUUCAUACACUUGUAUACAAGUUGCCAAAAGCAAACUUCAACAUGCUUCUUCUUCUGAUAAAUCAUCUGAGUAGUGUGGCUAAAAAAAGCGAUAAGAACUUGAUGACAACUGGAAAUUUGGCUGUCUGUUUUGGACCCACUUUGCUCAGACCAGAAGAAGAAACGGUUGCAUCGAUAAUGGAUAUAAAGUUUCACAAUAUUGUGGUCGAAAUACUAAUUGAGAACUGUCAGAGAAUAGGUAGCGGUCCUCCACAAGAGAAUCCUCCUGGGCAGUUAAUUCAGUCACAAACUCUGAACCCAGUGCAGCCUGAUGUUAAAGAAAGUCACAACUCUACAGGCAAUGGCACUACGAUAUUAUCAAGAUACUCUUCACACGUGGCUGUACCAACAACGCAUGCUCAUCUGAUCACGAGAUCGUAUUAUGAUGGACCUAUGUCCGUGGCUUCGGGAUCCUCCAUAGAUGAUAGAAAAAAUGGAGAUUAUGAAGAAAUCGAUCAAAGUAGUCAGCGAAUGUCGUAUCCAGAAAGCAGAAUGGGACGUAUGAAAUUGAGCAAUGCAAAUUUUAUGUACCAUUCAACAGAUAAGGUUGCAGGAAGUGGAAACACAAGCAGCUCAAACGAGUCGGUGGCCUCAGACCCAAAUCCAUUUCCCUCUGAUUUACCAGUGAAACAAAAACGAGGAUCAAUGAUGGGAUUACAUUAUACUACGAAUUAUCAGCAGCGAGGAAACCCGCCGCUACCCCUGGUGAACGUGUCGCCUGGAAGCGGUCGUUCAAGUCCAGGACAAAUGGGUGGUAUUUGGAGGGUCAGAACGUUGUAUGCUUGCAUGGCAGAAAACGACGGAGAAUUAUCAUUCGAACCGAAUCAAAUAAUAACGAAUGUGAAAAAUUCAUUGGAACCUGGAUGGUUGGAGGGAACAUUAAAUGGAAAGACAGGGUUGGUGCCCAGGAAUUAUGUGGAGCAGUUACCUUGAAGAUUUUUGAACCAAAGAGUGCCUAAUAGUUACUGAAAAAUCGUGAAGUACACAAAUAUUUCUAAAUACAUUCCUACUUGCACAUUCCUGAAGCGCCAUACACACACUUCCUAAAUAUUUAUUUCCGAGAAAUAAGCUACAGGUGAAAAUUCACACGCAAAUGAAGUUCAAAGUUGAAACGAAGUUUGAGAACCAUUUGGGCAGUCAAUUAUGUAUGUAUUUUAGUUAAUAAGAGUUGUCUCGCUCAAAAAUGUUUACUUUGUACAUAAUUCACAAAUGAAUUACAAUAUGUAUUAUACAAUUAAUAUAUGUCAUAUUUAUUCAUAUUUAGAAAAAAUUCAUUGUUGGCAAUACCUCGAAGCCUCUGAGGCAAUAUUAAUUGUAAAUAUAAGGUAAAGAUACACUACCUAUGUAUAACGUGUUAUACACGUAGUGCUAUGGAAAUUUUAAAUAUACAUUUUUAUUCACUGCUAUUAUAUACUGAUUAGUGUAAGCUGUGCCAUAUUCUUGGUUCUUUCAAACUUUUCGCCUAUUUAUAUAUUUAUUCUUAGGAUCCGUUCGGGCUCAAUAUUUUAUAGUAUGCAAUUUAUGCUUGCAAUAAGCCGUUCUAGUAUUGUAGCGUUAAGGUACAGGUAAUAAAAUUUAUAUUUUACAGUACUUUGCUUGUCACUAAAAGCCCAGAGUUUUGAUCACUGAUUAUAUGAUUGAUUCUCAAUUAUUAAAUUGGAAAACACGAGCCUCCAGAAACCAAAAAUUAUCGGUGAAUUCAAAAUGACACUAGUUUCUCAGUCACUGAUAAAAGGCAUCAAUAGCUUGAAAAAUUGACCAAUGGCCUCAUUGUUAAACUUCAAAUAUUAGUGAAUUACUAUAAGUUUUAAUAUUAACAUUAAACCUAUCAAUAAGUUAUGAAUAUACCUAUUCCUACCGUGACUGGUCAAAUCAACAGUCGUAGCAAAUAAGACAGGUUACGAAGAGAAGUGAGUGUGUAUUGAAAAUCGCAUUGAAUUUCAUUGCAUGUGUAUUUGAAGAAAACUCGUACUUUGAAUGGCGAUAUAGUAAAAUUGUGCAUAGGUGAUUUCAAACUAAAGCUUAAGAACAGUCAUUUGACUGGUCAUGGUAGGUUUAGCGUUGAAGCUUGUAUACAUUACAUUCUAUUUCUAUACUAAUUAAUCAUUAAUUAAAGUAGGAUGCAAAAGUGUGGAAUAGGUGAAUUGUUAACAAUGUUACUGAUGUAGACCAGUUCGUUUAUUAAACAUAUCACCGAAACAGCAAUUGUAAAUAUAAAAUGAAUAUGCAACACUUGCUGGAAUGGAUUACAACUAUCCCUUGCAUUUUAUAAGUGGGUAAUUUCUUUGAAUACGUUAAGUAUUCAGUCACUUGCCCUUUGACGAUAUUUCCUACCGU